GUUUCAAAGCAAGAGUUUUUACAACUUCAUUAUUUUCUCUACUGCAUUUUUUCGUCUUGCAACAUUUUAAUUGAAAAGUCGCGGAAUAUAGUAGAUUUUGCAAAUAAUUCUUUUUAGAAGCAAAGAGCCAAUUGGCGGAUAAAAAGUCGUUGUGUUCCAUAGAAUAUUAAUAUUUAGCAUUUUAGAUUUUUUCUCGUAUAAUUAGGAUCGCCAUCAUUUCUGACGGCCUGCUGAUUUGCAUCACGAUUUUCGCGAAAUAUAAAAAGAAUUCAUUAUAGUUUUGUAUUGUGAUUCUCGUCUAGAGCUUUUAUUUUUAACCAAAUGCAAUUUUUAGAUACUUUCAUAUACUAAUAUUUCUUUUUUCCCUUCGAGCCAAUGUCUCUUCAUGUAAUUAAAUAUUGCUUAACUCCAUCCACCAAUCAAAACCAACUAUAAUUAAUAAAUUAACGUUCCAAACGUUUGCUAAAAAAUGACCGACAUUCAGAAUAUAAAGAAUGUCACGGACUGUGUGCCGCUUUAUCUGCCACAUAGCUUAUAUCUCAAGCCGUUGGCCAAGAUGACCAUAUCAGUGUCACUGCCCGUUAAUAAAACGGGCAAAUCGAUUUCCCAUUUGGAUAUAAUGGAAAAGUUAAGCGCCUCUUUGAAGCCGGAUAAAUUCUUUGUGUUGAAAGCAACUAAAAGCACAUUGGAGGUAAUUCGCUUUGAAGCUGAGUUGGAAGAUCGCAAAAGAUUGCGCAGUGCAAUUUCGCGUCUCGAUGGCGUAUCGCUGCGUGUGUCUGGCUUUAGUGAAUCAUUUCGAGUGCGUGCAACUGAAUCGAAGGAUGAGUUUCCUACACGACACGAUUGGGAUUCAUUCUUUCGAGAUGCCAGCAAUAUGGAUGAAAUGAAAGCUGGCGAACGUCCUGACACUAUACAUCUUACGCAUUUGCCAAUACGCUGGUUCUGCCCCAGGCAUAUGGAAAACGAUGACAAUGUCAAGCCCAGUGAAAGCAUCUUUAAACGCAUUUUUGAAAAAUUUGGCUGCGUUCGCGCAGUUGAUAUACCAAUUUGUGAUCCAUAUCGCAACAAAAUGAACACAGAUAUUAAUGGCAUGAAGACAUUCAGCUACGAGCAUGGCGUGCUUUUCGAAGCUUACGUUCAAUUCGACGAAUACAUGGGAUUUGUGCGUGCUAUGGAUGAGUUUCACGGUAUGAAAUUGGUUCGAAAAUUCGUAGACAAAACCCAAGCCAUCAACAUCAGCGUAAAUUUUGACAAGUCAAAACACCUUAGCGAUGCACAGAUGCAACGUAGGGAACGGAUACGAAAGCGUUUAAUCCAGAAAGUGCAAAGUGAAGAGGAAGAGCGGGAAAAGAAAAAGAAAGAGGAGCUUGAAAGACUAGAGCGUGAAAGGCAAAAAGAAGAACAGUUAAAAUUAGAAGAAUUAGAGAAGCAACGUGAACGAGAAGAGAAACGGAAGGAAAAACACCUUAAGAAGAUACAGGAGAAGGGUCAAAUUGAAAUCUCACAAAAGAUACGCAUCGAGGAGCGUAAAUUGAUGAUAGCACAACGAAAGCUGGAGAGCAUACGGAUAUUAGAACAGUUAUUCGACCGCCUUAAGCUAAAACAUGAAGGCAAAUACUCCAAAUAUGGAAGUAAAGAAGCGUCCAGAAUCGACCUUCGAGACCGAUUGGUCGAAAAGUAUAAAGUGGCCACUGAAAAACUUCUCACUGACCAGAAAAAGAAAGUCGAAGAAAUAAAAACGAAAACUCCAUUAAUGGGUCUUCUGAAGAGCAGCCGUUCACGGCGCUCCGAAAGCUCCGAUGGCGAUGAAGAGAAAGCAAAGAAAAAAGCUGUUGUUAAUACCACCGCCACCGAUGUAAGCGGUACGCCCGCACUACCUGCGGUUGGUCUGAAUCAUUUAAAUCCAUUCAAAGCUGUAGCUGCUUUAGCCGCAGCUGGUGGCGCGGCCCCAGGCACCUUGCCGCCGGGUUAUCCACCUGAAGCUGCCAGCGAGUGGAUGAAAUCGUUUUCAAUGUUUCCAUAUGUGCCACCAGUAUUUGGUAGCAUGUCUGCGCUUUAUCGGCAGCCUACUGCUUUUCCAGUCUCUAUGAAUUAUCGUGGGUAUGCACCGCGCAUGCGAGGUCGUGGCCGUGGUGGUCGGGGACGCGGUAGAGGUGGCUACGAUUCAUCUUACUACAACAAUUACAAAAAUAAUUACGACGAUGACCAGUACGAAGAGGAUGAUUAUCGUAAGGAAUCGUAUUCGCGCUCUAGAAAUCGUUCACGGAGCCGCUCAUACUCGCGCUCCCGUUCACACAAGCGUCACUACUCCAAACGCAGUCGUUCACGUUCCCGCAGUCGCAGUCGCAGUCGUAGUCGUACUCCCUCCCAUUCUCGUUCCAGGCAACGUCGUUCACGCAGUCGACCUCGUUCCGAACGUCGCUCUCGUUCGCGAUCAUACACGCGCUCACGUUCACGCCCUCGUUCGGAAUCAAAAUCGAAAGCUAGGCGCACUUCGCGCACUCGCGAGGAUUCUAAAUCGCGUAAAACGCGCUCCCGUACAGGUUCCAGGAGUCCGGCACAACAACGUGCCAAUAAGAAACUAGUAUCUACACGUCGUUCAUGCUCCACAUCUGCUUCAUCUCACUCGCGCUCCAAGUCACGAUCGCGCACGCGCUCGAAACGCUCCUGGUCUCGACGUGGCGACCGACCAUCAGCAAAGAGACAAAUUGUGUUGGAAACCGAUAAACUAGUUCGUUCUGCCGAAGAAAUGAAACGCACAAUUGAAAAGGUCACCCAAGAUCGCAUGCGGCAGGAAGAGCGAGAGAUAAAAGAGAACUUCCGGCACUGCAAAUAUAAUCCAAAACGCAGCCUAACUAACGCUGUCAACGCGGAAGCAGCGAAUGCCAUUGUGACAAGCUCGGAAAAUGACGUGGACACAAAAUCGAGUGCGAAUAAUGUCAGCGCCGAAGGAACUGCGGUCAAUUCACCAUUAGCUAGUAAAGAGGUCGAUCGUGUGGAGCGAAGCCACAGUAAAGAACGAGUGCGCAAGCAUUCACAUCGCUCGCCACAUUCAAGACGCAAUUCAUACGAACGCGAAGCAGACCAAUUUUAGCCGGGUCAAAGAGUUUGGAGAAACCGUUUUCUUUGACAAAGUUUAAUAGGUUAAUAUUUAAACAAAAUUCAUGCUAACAAUAAUAUUAACUAGAAUUUAAAUUGAUAUACAGCCGUUUAGGUAUGUAUAGGAAAAUUUCUAAAUCGCUAAGUAGCAUACUUAGAUGAAAGUAAAUUAUUUCCAACUAUAUUAUAUGUAAUUAAAUAAAUGUUUAGUUCUACAUAUUAA